AGUGAGCACGGUUCGGCUAGCAGCUAGCACGUUAGCUUGACAGGAAAAGCGAGCGUCAACGGGAACAGAACGAAACAGACCAUUGCAUUAAAUCGCUCAUUUUCCACUGAAGGAGAGCUACAUCUGAAGUGGCAGUGUUUAUUUUGUUAAGCAGAGCUAUCUGCCGGCUAGCUAUUGAAGAUUUCUUAGCUGUCGACGCUCUUAACGUGUUGUUUUCUUACGGCAGACAUUUGUAGAGCUGUUAGCCUGUUAGCUAGCCUGCGCGUUAGCUAACGCUUCCAGCCGAGGCAAAGGAAAAGUCCACUUUUGAUAUUUUAUUUUCAUCACAGGAUCACUGCCCAGAUAAUGUGUUUUAAUGCAGUGGUACUGGCCUGGUCAACGAAAGAGCCACACUGUUGAAAAAAUACCUUUUGAAGAGUCACAAUCCAAAACUGGAGCAUCUGUGGCAUAAUGACAUCAAGGAAGAAAGUACUACUUAAAGUCAUCAUUCUGGGAGACUCUGGAGUUGGCAAGACCUCAUUGAUGAACCAGUAUGUUAAUAAGAAGUUCAGUAACCAGUACAAAGCCACAAUAGGUGCUGAUUUCCUGACGAAAGAAGUCAUGGUGGAUGACAGACUUGUCACAAUGCAGAUUUGGGACACAGCAGGUCAGGAGAGGUUUCAGUCCUUAGGUGUUGCGUUCUACCGUGGAGCAGACUGCUGCGUCCUGGUGUUUGAUGUGACCGCACCCAACACCUUCAAGACCCUAGACAGCUGGAGGGACGAGUUCUUGAUCCAGGCCAGCCCAAGGGACCCUGAGAACUUCCCCUUUGUGGUGCUGGGAAAUAAGAUUGACUUGGAGAACAGACAGGUAACAACCAAGCGAGCACAGGGUUGGUGUCAGAGCAAGAACAACAUCCCGUAUUUUGAAACCAGCGCCAAGGAGGCUAUAAAUGUGGAGCAGGCCUUCCAGACUAUUGCACGCAAUGCCCUUAAACAGGAGACCGAGGUCGAGUUGUACAAUGAAUUCCCUGAGCCAAUAAAGCUGGACAGGAACGAGCGAGCCAAGCCGUCAGCGGAGACGUGCAGUUGCUGAGGACUUUGAAGAUCUUCUGGGGUCGUCACUGCCCUCACUACCCUGUCUUGCCUUGUCUAUAUAUCCCCUUUUCCCAUGGCCCACUGUGUUAAUCCCCAACAUACAAGCAGCAUCCCACUCAUAGAGUAUACUACUACACACAAACAUGCUGCACUCACCUCCUUAUGUACACAGAAACACACAUUUUCUAUAAAAAGAUGAGUCUCUUAGCCCAAAGAACACCCAAGAAACAUUAUGGAAUUUACUUGUAUGAUGCUCUUUACUUCCCGGUGUUUUCACCACGUAGUUUUUCAUGGCGGUGGUGGUUUGGGCUCAUCUCAUUUUCAGUUCCAUGUUUAUCGCUGCUUCCAAGCCCAGUUUUGGUUCUAACUGCUUUUACUUGGAUACUUUAAGUGGUAAAUUGAAGCAUUAUCUCUAUACAUGUAUGUGUUGAUGAGUAAAGUUAAAAAAAAUAUAGUUUUUUUUUUUUUUUGUUUAAACCAGUUUCUUUAGCAGUGGUGGUUGUUUUUCUUACUUUCACAGCCUGCCACUGCUGCAUGAAUAGAGGAAACACUGCUCCGCCCAUUUUACCCAUUUGUGUUGUGGCUUAAAUUUGUUUCAAUCAUUGACACACUUUGUUUCACUUUAUCUUGUACAACCUCUGAUACCUGAAAAGGGAGUCAGAACUGAUGUAGUGAAGGAUUGGAAAAAGUGAAGGUGCAUGUGUGGAUCGCGUUUAUUUGCUGCCUGCUGAUUCUUGAUAAUUGGCACAGAAAAGAGAAUCCAGAUCCAUCAUGUCCGACAGACUAGUGUGUAAUUUUUUUUUUUUUUUUGGGCACUUUGCUGUCAUUGACAAUUACUAUAGACUUGUUCAGACAUCUCAUGUUAGAGCCACAAUAACUACAGUUGUAGCUCAGGUCGGGGGCAUUGCUAGGAUCCAGACAGCUCCCUCAUGUUAGUGCUGUUUCUCUACCGGGGAUACCGAGGUUUGUCUUGUAAUCAGUUAUUCUUGGUACCACAUCUGACAUGGGAAGGAACCAAAUCAAGACAGCAUGUCAUUCUACCUGAAAGUCCUGGAGAAGAGAGAUUUUUCUCAAGUAUAAAUAUCAUUCAUAACUGCGUACUAUUAGCUAGUACAUUUCUUUUUACUGUCAACUAUUGCAAGACUUUGUAUAUUUGCAAACCUCUCAAUCAUUGUGUGGGGAAGGCAAAACGUUAUGUUGUAAAUCUCCAUAUCUGACUAUGCCAGUUGUUCGUGUUGGCAAACAAUUUAAGUGCUUGACAUUUCUUUUAACCGAUCAGAUCUUUAACUGUUCAUAUUAUGUUUAAACUUUGAAAUGCAUUAUAGACUACAAGAUAGCAAACAUACUGUAACUCUGAAAAUAGAAAAAAUGUAGGGGGAAGUAAUUGCAUUCAUCAUUAUUAUAAUAUUAAUAUGAUAAAUGCAUAGCAUCUACAUUGUUUCAAAAUGUCUUUGCGUUUCAAGUAAUAAGGGUAAUAAAAAUCUUGAAUAAAG